ACAAUGGAGAGGGUGAGCAGCUUGGGGGUCUUCAUCCUGUGCCUUUCUGCAGCUGUCAAACUGAAAGGGUCAAACAUGGGCAUCUUCAAGCUACACUUUGUGAAGGCCAACCAUAGUGGAGAGGCCAGCCUGGCAUGUGGGUUUGAUGGCCGUCAAAUGGGUGAAGAAUUCCAAGUCGUCCUGUAUAAGGGCAUGCAGAAUAAAGACACCGAGGUUUGUACAACUUCCUUCAUCAAUGGCACAAUUAUAAAUUCGGUGAGAAAGGGCCUGUACCACUGCCAGGUUUCGCUGAGUCAGAAUAACGUGUCGAUAACCAUCCGGGGCCUCAAUGUGACUGACACAGACAGGUACAUCUGUCAGGUUUUGAAGACACAUCCACCGCCGUUUCAUGAGAGCGCUGGGCAAUGGACCAUCAUCUACAUCAACCAGGCAAUCACCUGUCCUGAAGAUGUUCAAGCCACUGGGGGUUUUUUGCCAACUAUAAUUCUUAUCGUACUUGCUGCACUACUGCUCCUGUACAGCACAUCCUUGACGUUGUUGUACUGUAAACACAAGAUGAAGGACGAUACUAUUUACAUAAACGUACGGAAGUAGCAGCAUUGUGGAGUGAUCAGAUGUUCUUCAUUUCUUCAUCUACAGUUCAUGUGAUCAUUCUAUAACCACCAUAACCACCCCCCUUACUACCUGAGAUGUCCUACUUCAGUGAUCACUAAAUCUGUUAGCUUAUUGAUCUUGUAAAAUAUCUGCUAGUGCAAUCUCUGUCUCAGUAACAUUCAAUUCACACAUUUGACCAAUGUCAAAACAUGUCGACGACUGAUUCACCACAGUCCCUCAGUGUGGACAGGAAUAUCUGGCUCUGUGCUUUUACUAUUGAAUGCCUGCUCUAUGCCCAGUUACUCCCAAUUGCCAUGUGACUCUGGGUGGUUCUGCGCUGUUGUACGAUGGCUGGUAAAAACCAAACAAGAAGCAACUCAAAGUGGUAAUCUUCAAGGCAUGGCCAGGGAAACCACACUUAUUUCCACAACCGAACUGUACAUUCUUGUCACUGCUAUGUGUGAUAUUCUCAAUCAAUAAAGGCCAGUGUAGAGUGAUAACCUGGACUGGGGAGAGAUCAUCACUAGCUGCAUCUAUUUCAUUUGAAGCGUACAGGGCGAUAUAUCUUCCUGAGAGAUAAGAAUAUACGGCUCACUCUGGACAAAUAGUGCAACAAGAAAAUACUGAACAAACAUUGAGGACAGCUGAUGACUUUAUCAAAGGGUUGAGGAGUCAAAACACAAGCCUACAUGAAGGAAAGAACACGAAACAUACUCAAACCUGCUGUGCCAACAUGUCCAAUGCCAACAGCUAAAAGGUACUAAGGACCAUAACAUAAAUGAUACUCCUGUGAGAACCAUUUAUCAACUACAAGAUAUUGUAGAGGACAUUCUGUUCCAAACACCAGUAAGGGAGCACCAUUAGCACAAAGAGUGCAACCAUUUUGAAGAGGUGGAGGAAUGGGCUUGAGCAAUACAGAUUGUCAAGUGCUUCCCUGUACUGAGGAAAUGCAGUACGUAAACAUGAUGUUGAGAAGGUAGUAGCAAGAUCAUUGGGUGUAGACCCAGUGUCGUUGCUGAGUGUGUUACAUACAUAUUAUUUGCAGCUCAAAACCUUUCUACAAACACAUAUUUUUAUUGAGCUUGCUGCUCACUGAGUAGUUACAAUGUAAUAAAAUGAACCUCAUGUUCAAUGA